UAAGUGUGUGUUUGUGGCAAUGAAGGAAUAUUUUACCAGACUUUAUUCAAGCUGAAGCACAUUCAGGUCAGAUUGCUCUCUGGUGAUUUUAAUCUCAGAUGAAUCCAAAUAUGUUCCUGGUUAAAUGAUGAUUCCUGCUCGUCUGGAGUAAAAGACUCAAAUCAAUUUAAACCAGUAAAAUAUAAGAAGUUCCACGUGGGCUUAUUUUUAAUAAUCAUAUUUCAGAUCUUAGUGCUCUGACCUCUCUGUGUUUCACUGUGUUCAUGUCAGGCUCAUCGUCAGACUCAGAGACGCCUCAGGCUGAACCUGGAGCUGCUGCUGCCAGCAAAGAGGACUCAGAGUCGUCUCAGAGCUGUGCGGUGGUUUUGGAAAACGUCACAGACAACAUGUCCACAGAUCUGCUCUCCAUGCUGGUGGAGAACAUCUCUAGGUUGGAUGAGAACGGCUACAGCAUGGAGAGGAUCCUGGAAUCCAACAAAGCUGUGGUCACCUUCAGCAGCCCUGCAGAUGUGGAGAGAUUCCUCUCUGUAAGUCAGACAAGCACAAAGAUGAAGAAGCAAGGACUGACCGCUCGGCCUCUGGAGGCAGCAACGAACAUCCGAGUGGAGAGUCUUCCUCCGACUGUGGUCAAAGACAUACUGGAGUUGUAUUUUGAGAAGACUUGGACUCAUCCCAAAAACAUCAUCAUGAUCCCAAAAGAAAAGGCUGCCAUCAUCACUUUCAGUGAUCCUAAAGUUGUGGAAAAGAUUUGCGUUAAAAAAGACCUUGAGUUGAAGUCUAUCACAGUGAAGGUAUAUCCAUACUAUGAGUCACUGGGAACCGCCUUGUACGCCAAAGAACGCCCAACAUGGAAGAUGCCCGAGCCCUUCACAGAGCGUGUUCACCACGUUAUCUGGAAAUUCCUUGUGGAGAAGAAACUCUCAGAACACAUCAAUGAUCAGAUGCAUCCACAUUUCUGCAGAGUGGAUUUGAAUGGCCCCGAUGUGAAACUCAGCCCUGUGCCAGAGUUUUUGAGGCAGCAAGGUCUGACUGCAGAACAUGUAGAAAACUGGAUGAGUAAGGCCCAACAUGCCUUCUGUCGCCUGAUGUCUCAGUACACAGCAUUCAUAUGUCACGUAAAUGCACUGGGAUGGAGAGCUGCAGAGAAAGAUGUACGUUCAGUUGUGAAGGAAGAUGCCAUCCUGGUGCUGGAUGCAUCCAAAGGGGUUCUGACUGUUGCUGGCCGAGCUGAUGAUAUAAAACGAAUCAGGGCUUCUGUAGAGAACAUUCUUCUUAAAGCCAUGAGUCACAUUGAACGACAGACAAACAGCAUCUCUGAGGAAAUGAUUUUGUCCCCUGCGAUGUUCUACAUCCUGAAGCAAGAGGGGCUCCAGACAGCUGCUCUGGACAUUUCUCCUGAGAUGAAACUCUCUUAUGAUGAAGGCACCCAGAAGUUAACCAUUACAGGACUCCCUGCAGAGGUCUUCGAGACUAAGUCAUGGAUCUCUGAGAAGAUAAUGAAUAUGAGAUCUGUUCACAUCUCAAGGCAUCAAUGCAACCUACACCAUUGA